AUGACUGAGAAAACAGCUCCCUGGUGGAGGUCUUUCGUGGGCAAGAGGAGAAAGGCAGCCAGAGAAUCUGCGGCGACACUGGAACAGGACCUCCGUAAUCAGGCUUCAGCAGGGUCCACACAGCAUCCCUCCGCUGAGCCGGACCAACGGCUCACUUCACCGACACGCCCAGCGAAAGAAGAGGGCAACUGCUUACCGAGCGACGAAACAUAUGACGACUCCGCUGUUCAGCCAACAUUCAACGAGAGCUCCAAUCGCCGCAAUCUCACCGUGUCCCGCUCCGGACGCUUCAAAGAGAAACGGAAGACGCGCGUCAGUCUUCCACAGAACCACGGAGAUGAUGGGAAAUCAGCCGACGUCCAGUCAACCCGCUGA